AAAGCCAACCCGUCGCGCAGAACAACCUCUCGACUCUCGAGCGCCUCCUCCCCGAACCCCGACCGACCGCCCGCUCCGCCCACCCUACGCCAGAAUCAAACCCCCGCCCGUCCGCUCCGGUGAUCCGCCGCCGCAGGAGGCGAAGCCCCACGACCCGACCGCGCGGAGCAUCUGCCCGCCAUGACUGAGUACUGGGUGAGCCAAGGAAACAAAUGGUGCGACCUGUGCAAAAUCUUCAUAUCGAACAAUCCCUUCAGCAUCAGAACGCAUGAACUCGGCAAACGCCACAAGGACAAUGUCACCCAAAGAUUGUCUACGAUGCAAAAGGAUGGCGCUGCCAAGGAAAAGGAGCAGCAACAAGCAGCAAAAGCUCUCCAACUGAUAGAGGCUAAAGCUAAAAAGAGUUACCAGAAAGAUUUAGAGAAUAAUCAGAGAAACACUGAUGGUGACAGUUCUGCGGCACCUGGAGAAGGAUGGGUAUUUGACUCAACUUCAGGAUAUUAUUAUGAUAAAGCCACUGGACUUUACUACGACUCGAACUCUGGUUUCUAUUAUUCCGAUGGAUUAGGCAAAUGGGUCACCCAGGAAGAGGCAUACAAGUGGGCGGAAACCUCAAGAACCAAUCUUGCGCAAUCCUCGACUUCGCAACCAAAAACACCUAGUGGAGGCGGGCCUGUCGCCGGUAUUAAAGGAGGGCCAACCCCAGGUGUGGUUGUGAAGAAACCACUGAACCCGAUGAGAGCUGUGAAGGGUGCUCCGUCAGCUCUUGCCGCCAACAAGAGAAAAAGAGAGGACACCAAGAAGCCCAAGGUGGUCUCGAAGGAGGAGGAGGCGGCACUCAGAGCGCGGGAGGCAGCUCGGAAAAGAGUGGAGGACAGGGAGAAGCCUCUCAUGGGAUUGUACAAGACGUACUGAGGUUUCAAUGCCCCCAAGCUCACUGGGGCGCACCGAGUUGCGCUAAAACCGUGGAAAUGCUAAUGGAUGGAAUUGUUCUGAAAGAAAAGGCGGGGAGUACCAGCGCCAAGAGUCCCGAGCUCUUGAGCGUCAGCGACACAUGUAUGCAUUGUACAAUACCUCGUCAAAAGUUCCUAAAUCAGCCACAGGUUCCCCUUUGUGCGAAACAUGUAAAUGAUCAGCCCAUCGAUUAUCAUCUCUCGUCUUGUGUUUUCCCAAUGGAUUGCACGCAUGAUAUAAUGCCGACAACUGAGGCGGAUGGCCGAUGUUAGCGCUGCUCUACAUCAUCAGUUCAUUUAAGUUGUGAUUA